CCACCACAAACCACCUCACGACGAACAUUCUUCUCCCUCCCUGACCUCUCCUCCGUCCUCCCGAAUAACGGCAACAACAACAACAACAACAACAACCGCACCCUAACCGCAACCCGCACCCUCCCCUACACACCAAAACCCCUCUUCACCGUAAUCGCCUCCGUCGACUCCUACUCCCAAUUCCUCCCCUUCCUCACAGCAUCCACCGUAACAUCCCGCGACCCAACCACAAACUACCCCACCGCCGCCUUCCUAACCAUCGGCUACGGACCUCUCAGCGAGACGUUCACGUCGCGCGUGGACUGCGAUCCGGAGAAUCUGGUCGUCGAGGCGAGGAGUGGGGCGCGGUUUGGGGUUGAUAAGAAGGGUGGGCAGGAGGGAAGGGAGUUUCCGGGGGCGAGGGAGGGGAUUUUUGAGUAUUUGAGUACGAGGUGGGAGCUUGUGCCGUUGGAAAAUGGGAAUGAGACGAGGGUGCAGUUGAAGAUUGAGUUUGAGUUUCGGAGUCAGUUUCAUGCGGCUAUUAUGGGUGCCGUGGAGGGGCAGAUGGCGGGGGUUAUGAUUGAGGCGUUUGAGAAAAGGAUGAGGGAGGUU